AGUGACACAAACUAUCGGUCCGUCAGUGUAUUGUAAGUACUUCCUACAGCAGUGACUGUGGCGGCGAGUACUUGAAGAUCAAAAAUCUCUUGAGAUAAACAUGUUCUUGAUAGAUAAUAGUUGAGAAGAUUUGUUUGCGAAGAUUUCCGGUUAGAUGUGAACAGUGUUUCAACGAAACGGAAAGGAUGGAGCUCACCUGCGGAAGCGGCGUGGCCGGCGCGUCGGUCGCGGCCGCACUUCAGUUCUUCGCAGCCUCGCAGUGUCUGCUGCAGGAGGCCUGGCCCCCGCAGGCUCGUGUCCCAAAUGGAUCGAAGUUCGACUUUAUCGUGGUGGGUGCGGGCACGGCAGGCGCUGCGCUGGCGGCGCGGCUGGCCGAGCUGCCGCACCGCGUGCUGCUGCUGGAGGCCGGGGGCGACCCGCCGCAGGAGAGCAUCAUACCAGGAUUCAAAGAUAGCAUGAAAGGAAGCCCCUACGACUGGAACUUCACCACCGUGAAUGACCACUACUCCAGCCAGGCGCUACAAGACGGCAGCCAGCGACAGCCGCGCGGCAGAAUGCUCGGGGGAAGCGGCUCCAUCAACGACAUGAUCUAUGCGCGGGGGUUCCCCGCAGACUACGACGAGUGGGCUUCUACAGAGGGAGAUAACUGGAGCUGGGCUAAUGUACUCAAAUAUUUUAAGAAGACGGAACAUAUAACUGAUGAACGAAUAACCAAGUUUUCAGAAUUAGUUGAAUAUCAUGGUUUCGAUGGAGAGAUAGAGGUGACCGGUAAGAAGGAAUCGACUUUUACGACUGAAAAGUUUCUGGAAGGUUUCAGGGAACUAGGCUUUGAUAUAGUGAGGGAUAUGACAAAUCCUAAUGUUAUAGGCGCAGGAAGAUUUUCGCACACGAUCCGUGACGGUAAGAGAGACAGUUCUUUAACCGCUCUACUGAAUAAAGCAUCUAAAAGAGACAAUCUAUUCGUUUUGAAAGAUGCUCUUGUGACUAAAGUAUUGAUGGAAGACAAUGUAGCGAAUGGUGUCAAAGUUUUGCUAGACAACAAAGAGUUUCACUUCUACGCAGAGCAAGAGGUCAUUGUAAGUGCUGGAACAUUUAAUACAGCUAAGUUGCUUCUUUUAUCUGGUAUUGGACCCAAAGAGGACUUGAAAAAGGUAGGGAUAGAAGUCGUGAAGGAUUUACCCGUAGGUGAGAAUUUACACGACCAUAUUAUGGUGCUCACAUAUUUAGCGGCAGAAAAUGGUACCUGCUACGUGGAUGACAAAACGAAACAUCUGAAUACCAUCAAAUACCUCUACGAUAUGAGUGGAUCCCUUACUCAUACUUCAGAAUUAGGAGCAUACAUUUCAUUCAACAACUCUGCAAAGAACGUCCCUGAUUUUGCAAUCUAUUCGACGUGUAUGCCCUUAAAUUCAGGUUUUUAUGAUUCUUGUAAAAGACUAUUGGGUUUUAAACCUGAAAUUUGCGAGAAAAUAAGCUCGGCCAAUGAGAAGUACGAAAUCCUGACAUUGGCUGUGGUGAAUUUGAAACCGAAAUCCAGGGGCAAGGUGACCUUGCAAUCAGCGGAUCCCCUGGACGUGCCAUUGAUAUAUUCUGGAACUUUUAGCGACAGCAGGGACUUAGUCAAUUACCCAGCAGCUAUGCGAGUAGCGCAUUCUUUAGCUGACACCUCAUACUUUCGUUCUAAAGGUGCUUUCGUAUUAGAUUUAGGAUUGGAGGAGUGCAAAGGGUUGAGGGAGAGGAGCAAGAGGAAGUGUGUAGCGCGAGCUACCGCGAUGUCGGCGUGGCACGCGGUGGGCACGGCCGCCAUGGGGCUGGUCGUCGACAACGAGCUGAGGGUGAAGGGCGUCCGCGGGUUGAGGGUUGUAGACGCGAGCGUCAUGCCGAAAGUAAUCCGAGGUAACACGAAUGCCCCAGUCGUCAUGAUUGCUGAAUUAGCCGCUGAUUUCAUCAAAAAGCGCCUGACAUCUGCUUGAUGAGAAAAACUGAUCCUGUUGGUAUCUUAUUUGUUAUUUGCGUAGUUGUUUAUAUUGUAGUUGCGUUUAACAGUAAUAGCUCAGCUGUGAGAUGUCUUGUGGCAGCACCUUACGUGCUCUUAUAAUGCAAGAAAUGUAUUAAGUGAUCGAUAUUCAUUCAUUAAUAUUAGAGUACAUUGGGUUGUGAUAUCAGGCUGUGUAAUGUUACGUACUUAUAAUGUUUCAGAAGAGUUCCUAGUAUAGAUUAGAAUUUGUCGAAUAAAAACAAUUUAUUUAACAAUAAUAUAAUAAAAUGACAAAUAAAAUAAAAUCUGUUAAUUUCUGCCCUGUUGACCCAUAGUAAAAUAAAUCGAAAAUGUGAUUUAGCUUUCUGUUCUGUGGUAUAUUAGUGCCUCAAUAUGGGGCAGUCAUGUCAUUAAUCACCAAAUCAAUAGUGAUAUUCAUUUUGUAAAAAAUACUAAACAAACUUAAUAUUUAGUCUUUAAAAAAAAACUAGUAAAGACUACCUACGAGUAUAAUAAACUAUCGAGUAUUCACCCCUAUUCUUUACCCCAU